CCUUCAUCGCCCCGGGCGCGCCACCAUGGGGCCCCGGCUCAGCGUCUGGCUGCUGCUGCUGCUCGCCGCCCUUCUCCACGAGGAGCGCAGCCGGGCCGCCGCGAAGGGUGAUGGCUCCUGUGGUGGCUCCGGCUGUGGAAAAUGUGACUGUCACGGUGUGAAGGGACAAAAGGGAGAAAGAGGCCUCCCUGGGUUACAAGGUGUCAUUGGAUUUCCUGGAAUGCAAGGACCUGAGGGGCCACAUGGGCCACCAGGACAAAAGGGUGAUGCUGGAGAACCGGGACUUCCCGGCACAAAGGGGACCAGAGGACCCCCUGGUGCAUCUGGUUACCCUGGAAACCCAGGACUUCCUGGUAUUCCUGGUCAAGAUGGCCCACCAGGUCCCCCAGGUAUCCCCGGUUGCAACGGCACAAAGGGAGAAAGAGGGCCACUUGGGCCUCCCGGCUUGCCUGGAUUCAGUGGAAAUCCCGGACCCCCGGGGUUACCAGGAAUGAAGGGAGACCCUGGAGAAAUUCUUGGCCACGUACCUGGAACACUGUUGAAAGGAGAGAGAGGUUAUCCUGGAUCCCCAGGGAUGCCGGGCUCACCAGGAUUGCCGGGGCUUCCGGGACCCGUAGGACCCCCAGGAUUUAUGGGACCACCAGGACCCCCAGGCCCUCCUGGCCCUCCAGGAGAAAAGGGCCAAAUGGGCUCCAGCUUCCAAGGACCAAAGGGUGACAAGGGUGACCAAGGGGUCAGUGGCCCUCCCGGAGUACCUGGACAGGCCCAAGCUAAAGAAAAAGGAGACUUUGCCCCAACAGGAGAAAAGGGUCAAAAGGGCGAACCUGGAUUUCAGGGAAUGCCAGGGAUCGGGGAGAAAGGCGAACCUGGGAAGCCUGGGCCCCGGGGGAAGCCUGGGAAGGACGGCGAGAAAGGAGAAAAGGGGAGUGUGGGCUUUCCUGGCGAUUCGGGGUACCCAGGACUACCAGGACGGCAGGGCCCUCAGGGAGAGAAAGGAGAAGCUGGACUUCCAGGCCCCCCUGGAGUUGUUAUAGGCACCGGGCCUCUGGGAGAGAAGGGAGAGCGUGGCUACCCAGGAACACCUGGGUUAAGAGGAGAGCCGGGCCCCAAAGGUUACCCCGGAUUACAAGGCCAGCCAGGCCCUCCAGGCUUACCUGUCCCAGGCCAGGCUGGUGCUCCCGGCUUCCCAGGCAGCAGAGGAGAAAAAGGCGACCAAGGGUUUCCAGGCACGUCUUUACCAGGACCAAGUGGAAGGGACGGGCUCCCAGGUCCUCCAGGCCCUCCUGGACCCCCUGGACAGCCAGGCCACACAAAUGGUAUUGUGGAAUGUCAGCCUGGACCGCCAGGAGAUCAGGGUCCCCCUGGGACUCCAGGACAUCCAGGAUUGACAGGCGAAGUUGGAGAGAAGGGUCAGAAAGGAGAAGGUUGCAUCACUUGUGACACCGAAGGACUUCGAGGCCCCCCUGGGCCCCAGGGCCCCCGAGGAGAGUCAGGUUUACCAGGUCAGCCAGGGGCCAAGGGAGACCGAGGCGUGCCUGGCAGGGAUGGUCUGGAAGGAUUGCCGGGGCCACAAGGUGCGCCAGGGCUCAUGGGCCAGCCUGGAGCCAAGGGAGAGCCUGGCGAGAUAUUUUUUGACAUGCGACUCAAAGGUGACAAAGGAGACCCAGGUUUCCCGGGACAGCCCGGCAUGCCGGGGAGAGCAGGAUCUCCCGGAAGAGACGGCCACCCAGGACUCCCGGGCCCCAAGGGAUCCCCGGGUUCAGUAGGAUUGAAAGGAGAACGUGGUCCCCCUGGAGGAGUUGGCUUCCCUGGAAGUCGUGGUGACAUCGGACCCCCUGGGCCUCCAGGAUUUGGACCCAUUGGUCCCAUUGGUGACAAGGGACAAGCAGGAUUUCCUGGAAGCCCCGGGUCCCCAGGUCUGCCAGGUCCAAAGGGCGAAGCAGGCAAAGUUGUCCCUCUGCCUGGGCCCCCCGGAGCAGAAGGACUCCCCGGUUCCCCUGGAUUCCCAGGCCCCCAAGGUGACCGCGGCUUCCCAGGAACCCCAGGACGACCGGGCAUCCCGGGAGAGAAGGGUGCUGUGGGCCAGCCAGGGAUUGGAUUCCCUGGGCCUCCUGGCCCCAAAGGCGUUGACGGCAUACCUGGAGACGUGGGGCCUCCUGGGAACCCAGGUCGCCCUGGGUUUAACGGUUUACCUGGCAACCCAGGAGCUCAGGGCCAAAAGGGAGAGCCUGGCAUUGGGCUGCCUGGACUCAAAGGUCAGCCGGGUCUCCCCGGCAUUCCUGGCACCCCUGGUGAGAAGGGCAGUGUUGGAGGACCAGGCGUUCCUGGAGAACAUGGAUUGAUCGGCCCCCCUGGUCUCCAGGGGAUCCGAGGUGACCCUGGACCUCCUGGCGUUCAAGGCCCUGCAGGACCACCAGGUGCUCCAGGAGUGGGGCCUCCAGGAGCCAUGGGCCCCCCUGGAGGACAAGGACCACCAGGAUCAUCAGGUCCUCCCGGAGUAAAAGGAGAAAAGGGAUUCCCCGGAUUCCCAGGACUGGACAUGCCUGGCCCUAAAGGGGAUAAAGGCUCUCAGGGGCUUCCCGGCCUCACAGGACAGUCAGGGCUCCCCGGCCUCCCUGGACAGCAGGGCUCCCCUGGCUUGCCGGGCUUCCCAGGCUCUAAGGGAGAGAUGGGCAUCAUGGGGACCCCUGGGCAGCCAGGCUCACCGGGACCAGUUGGCACCCCAGGAUUACCUGGAGAAAAAGGGGACCAAGGCUUCCCUGGCUCCUCAGGACCCAGGGGAGACCCCGGCUUCAAAGGUGAUAAAGGAGACGUCGGGCUUCCUGGCAAACCAGGGUCCAUGGAUAAAGUGGACAUGGGCAGCAUGAAGGGCGAGAAGGGAGACCAAGGAGAGAAAGGACAAAUCGGACCCACUGGUGACAAAGGUUCUCGAGGAGACCCUGGGACCCCAGGUGUGCCUGGGAAGGACGGUCAGGCAGGCCACCCCGGACAGCCAGGGCCUAAAGGUGACCCGGGCAUAAGUGGUACCCCCGGUGCGCCUGGACUCCCUGGGCCAAAAGGAUCUGUUGGUGGCAUGGGCUUACCAGGAACACCCGGAGAAAAAGGUGUGCCCGGCAUCCCCGGCCCACAGGGCGUCCCUGGCUCACCCGGAGAGAAAGGGGCCAAAGGAGAGAAAGGACAGUCAGGUCUGCCUGGCAUCGGAAUUCCUGGGCGACCUGGUGACAAGGGAGACCAAGGGCUUGCGGGAUUCCCAGGGAGCCCCGGAGAGAAGGGGGAGAAGGGCAGCACUGGCAUCCCGGGCAUGCCGGGCUCCCCGGGCCCCAAGGGAUCUCCGGGGAGUGUCGGCUAUCCAGGAAGCCCUGGGCUGCCUGGAGAGAAAGGCGACAAGGGCCUCCCAGGGCUGGACGGCACUCCUGGUGUCAAAGGAGAAGCAGGUCUCCCUGGAAAGCCCGGUCCCACAGGCCCAGCUGGCCAGAAAGGAGAGCCGGGCAGUGAUGGAAUCCCAGGGUCCGCGGGGGAGAAGGGUGAGCCAGGUCUGCCCGGAAGAGGAUUCCCAGGCUUCCCCGGGGUUAAAGGAGACAAAGGCUCGAAGGGUGAAGUGGGAUUCCCUGGAUUGGCCGGAAGUCCAGGAAUUCCUGGAGCCAAAGGCGAGCAAGGAUUCAUGGGUCCUCCGGGCCCCCAAGGACAGCCAGGCUUACCUGGCACUCCUGGCCACCCUGUGGAGGGACCCAAAGGAGACCGUGGACCUCAGGGACAACCUGGCCUCCCAGGGCUUCCGGGACCAAUGGGGCCUCCCGGGCUCCCAGGGCUUGAUGGAUUAAAAGGUGACAAGGGAAAUCCAGGCUGGCCAGGAGCACCCGGUGCUCCAGGGCCCAAGGGAGACCCAGGGUUCCAGGGCAUGCCGGGCAUCGGAGGCUCUCCGGGAGUCACAGGCUCUAAGGGAGAUAUGGGUCUGCCAGGAGUCCCAGGAUUUCAAGGUCAGAAAGGUCUUCCUGGCCUCCAGGGAGUCAAAGGAGAUCAGGGAGAUCAAGGCGUCCCCGGCCCGAAAGGUAUCCCAGGCCCCCCUGGUCCUCCAGGUCCCUAUGAUGUCAUCAAAGGAGAGCCUGGGCUCCCUGGUCCCGAGGGUCCUCCUGGUCUGAAAGGACUCCAGGGCCCUCCAGGCCCCAAAGGGCAACAAGGUGUCACAGGCUUGGUGGGCAUACCUGGACCUCCCGGUGUUCCUGGCUUUGACGGUGCCCCUGGCCAGAAAGGGGAGACAGGACCAUUUGGCCCUCCUGGUCCGAGAGGGUUUCCUGGUCCGCCAGGCCCCGAUGGGCUGCCAGGAUCCAUGGGACCUCCAGGCACCCCUUCUGUGGACCACGGCUUCCUUGUGACCAGGCACAGUCAGACAACAGAUGACCCACUGUGUCCUCCCGGGACCAAAAUUCUUUACCACGGGUACUCUCUGCUCUAUGUGCAAGGCAACGAGCGGGCCCACGGCCAAGACUUGGGCACGGCCGGCAGCUGCCUGCGAAAGUUCAGCACCAUGCCCUUCCUGUUCUGCAACAUCAACAACGUCUGCAACUUCGCCUCCAGGAACGACUACUCGUAUUGGCUGUCCACGCCGGAGCCCAUGCCCAUGUCCAUGGCACCCAUCGCCGGGGACAGCAUCCGGCCCUUCAUUAGCAGGUGCGCCGUGUGUGAAGCACCCGCCAUGGUGAUGGCGGUGCACAGUCAGACCAUUCAGAUCCCUCCGUGCCCCAACGGGUGGUCCUCUCUGUGGAUUGGCUAUUCCUUCGUGAUGCACACCAGUGCCGGUGCUGAAGGUUCUGGCCAAGCCCUCGCGUCCCCUGGGUCCUGCCUGGAAGAGUUCAGAAGCGCCCCAUUCAUCGAGUGCCACGGCCGAGGAACCUGCAAUUACUAUGCAAAUGCUUACAGCUUUUGGCUCGCCACCAUUGAGAGAAGCGAAAUGUUCAAGAAGCCCACGCCAUCCACCUUGAAGGCCGGGGAGCUGCGCACUCACGUCAGCCGCUGCCAAGUGUGCAUGAGGAGAACGUAAUGACGCCGCCUCCGCCGCCUCACAACAUGGUGCUACUCCCUCCUCCUCCUCUUCCUUGUUUUUUAUUUUUUAACAGCAACGAACCCUAGAAUUAUAUCCUAUGUACCUCACUGUCCAAUACGAAAACCGUAAAGUGCCUUGUAGGGACUUGCAUAACUAACACGCCCCGCUUCGAUGGCCUCUGUUUUGCUGAAGGAGAAGAAAGAUAGCGAUAAGCUUUCCAUAGUGGCACAUACCAAAUGGCACUUUUGAUGAAAUAAAAGAUCAAUACCUUCUGCAAUCCAGUGCACUGAUGUGUGAGGUGAGAACUCCACCAGGAGCCCAUGGGUGCUAAGGGUGCUUGGGGCCUCCACACAGCCCCCCAGUUGUUUCCCUCUGUCCUUAGCAGACGGCCCCCUCACUGCAGAUAGGACUGUCUGCUCCUCUCACUGUCUAGUGUCUUGAAAUCCGGUCCCUCCGUCUGUGCACAUGACAGUAAUGGAAACUGGUCUCCUCAGACCUCCACAAGGAGUAACGGACUCGGUAGCCAUCUUUCCAGGCCCCCGCCCCUGCCAGACACAAACGCAUGCCUCCACUCUGCGUGGUGCCAACCAGCUGCUUUGCGGAUGUCCCAACCUUCCUGUGGAAUAAAGAUGGUCCAGAGGUAGUCAGAAAUUAAAUAUAUAUUUAUAUAUAUUUUAGUAAUUUAUAUAGAUGUCAGCAAUUAGGUGGGUCAAGCUCUAGUGUGAGGUGCACUGUUAAAAAUAGAGCUUACUUAGUUUUCCUCUCAAAGACUGUCUUGUCUUCUCACGGAGUUUUCAACACCAGGCUACCAAAUGUGAAACGCCACCUUUCCUCGUUCGCCCCCAAACCCAAAACGGUGUACUGCCAAACCAAACCCAGGUUCAUGAAUAUGGUGUCUAUAGAAAUGAAAACAUGUACUUGGAGCUUAUUGUUUUUAUUGUGUAUUAAGUAUUUUCAGGGUUUUAAACACUAACCACAAACUGAAUGACUUGACUUCCAAAGCAACAACAAGCAAGGCCUUCGUUAGCACUCCCCAUUCUGCCCCCGGCAGUACUUUGCGCCUGCGCGGGAAGGCCGCUCGCUAGGCCUCCAGCAGGGAGUGGACAGGUCACAGGAGGGCAGACUCGGACCACUGUGCUUGAAGUGACAUUUCACUAAAAGUCUCCAAAACGUUUCUAAGACUACUAAGGCCUUCUGUGUAAUUUCUCCAAAUGUGUAUUUCUUAAGAAUUCAAAUUUGUAAUAAAACUAUUUGUAUAAAAGUUAA